CAGCGAGCGCGCGCGUGUGUCGCUACACGCCGCACGGCGUGCACCUGCAGCGGGGCUGGCGGGGACGGACAGGACACAGUACGGGGGGAGCAGCCCCGGCGGGUGGCGCGACACGACGCACCGUGGCAACCUGCAGAAAAAUAACGUUACCGUCAACCACGCUGAGUCCCAGAACAAUUUCAAGCAGGGGUGGUGUUUUUACAGCAAAGCGAUGUCCACAUUGUGGCCACGUGCGACUCCGUAACUAAUCCUAGCUAAAUGUUUAGCAAAUCAGCAAACUUGAAUACGGAGUCGGGCUAACGGCUACACGGACACGGCUGAUGAUGAGGCCGGGCCGCCGGGCGAGCCCGCGGCGCACGAGGGAGAAGCAGGCCUUCUUGUCGCUGCCCGCGCGCUCACGCCUCGAGCGCUCGCCGCCCGACCUGUACCACGAGGUGGGGCCGUUCCUCGCCGUGCUGGCGGGCCUGGGCGCGUGGCCGCUGCGCACCGUGAAGAGGGCCUCGGACGAGGAGGGCGUGGAGUACGCGGUCGCCUCGUGGCGCUCGCUGCGCAUGGUGGCGAGCUCGCUGCUGCUGGUCGCGCUCGCGGUGAUCAUCGCCGUGGCCGUGAGGAGCAACCUGCGGGAGCUGCUGUCUGGCCGGGAGCCCUUCCUGGAACGGGUCAUCCUGGUGCUGCACCUCGUGUACGAGACGCUGCCGCUCUCCGUCCCGCUGCUGCACUGGCCGGCCGCCGGCGGGCUUGCGCUCUACUUUAACGACUGGGGUCGCUUCCAGUGCAGCUGGCAGUGGGUGACGGGGUCCCCGCUGCGCCUGGACUGCGGCCGCCACGCCCGCGCGUGGUCCGUGCUCCUCGUGCUGUACAGCAUGCUGUCGCCCAUCUACCACCAGCGCGUGUCCAGGCACAUGCCCUACUGGAAGCUGCCCAUUUACCCGUUCACCAUCAUGCUCGCCAUCAUGCUGGGCGUGCUGUGGCGAGCGCUCAACUCGGAGGUCGUUGCCACCUCCGUCAAGCUCCGCGCGCUCUUCCGACAGCGACGCACCUCCCGCAGGGGCCUGACGGGCGUCGUGGUGCGCGGCUACUGCAUGCUGUGGCUGCGGCUGCGCGCGCUCACGCAGGCGCUGGGCCGCGCCUGGGGCGGCGUGGUCCUGCACAUGCUCAUCACCAUGAUGGUCAUGACCAUGACGAGCCUGUUCGGGCUGCUGUCCGCGCUGCAGCACGGGCUCUGGCGGCGCGUCACCAGCACCAUCGCCAGCGCCGUCUGGGGCGCCACGCUCAUCUUCUGGAUCUGCGGCCAGGGCCGCGCCGCCGCGCGCAGCGUGCGUAGCGUAGCGUGGCUAGCGAUUUGA